AUGAAUGGCACUGCCGUGGACGACCCCUUUGCUUGCUUCGAGGGGGAUAGUGACGACGACGAGAACGACAAAGAUGAUGAAAGCAAAUGCAAUCCUCCUGAAGCUUCAGUAGCACCAUCAAUAGCAACAGACCAAGGUCGUCGUUUGGUCGAUGAAGCUAAUGCACGUUUGGAUGCUGCAGUAGCUGUCAAGGAUGGACUACUGCCGGUGACUUCCGCCUCAUUUGAAGUCUUUGAUACUCCCAACGACGCUGGCAAAGGUUUACGAGCACUCAAGGUGUUUGAAUGCGGCGACGAAAUAUUGCGAGAGUAUGCAGCCAUGCGAGUCCCCAAUCAUCAAGCUGCUGAAAGUCUCGAAGAAGCGGAACAGCUGCACGAACGUGCCGUUCAGAGUACUUUCAACAACCUUCACCAAUGCACACGAAUUGCUAUUAUGCAGCUGUCAUCUUGUGAUGAGAUGAAAGACGGUUAUGAGCGCGAUAUGGUCUCACCGCUGGGAGUAUACCAAACCAAUUCAUUCAUAUUGGGAGAUGAAAAGUGUGGAGGAUUAUUUCUGACGACGGCCCGAAUGAACCAUUCUUGCCGACCUUCUGCUACUCAUAUUUGGAGACCCGACUUGCAAAAGACUGUAGUAUUUGCCACUCGGCGAAUCGAAAUCGGGGAAGAGAUUUGCACUACAUACGGUCCAUCUGAGUGUCUCGAUACACAGGGACGAAGGGACUAUCUACGAGAACGGUUCUCCUUUGAAUGUGGUUGUGAGAUGUGCGAAGAGGGAAACCGUUUCGGAGGUGAUGACCGCAUGAUUGAAAUCAGCUCAUUGCAAGAGGACAUAUCGAUGUUGGCUCAAACGGGCGACCCGCAGGCUGCAAUAGCAGCAGUUGAGCGGUGUCUUUCAUUGCUAAAGGAGCAAGGAAUUUCUAUCGGACCUUACAUGAAGCCAAUUUUGUAUUAUGGGUAUCAGAUUGCUAUCGAUGGAUUAAAAGAUAUCGAUUUAGCUGAGUCCUAUCUUUCGAAAGAGUUGGUCUUGAUUCAACAAUGCGAAGGUCCGACAAGUCCAAAAGCUCUUCAAAUUCAAGCAAUGCUAGACGACUUCAAAUGA